AUGUUCCGCCGCGUGCUGCUGCUGAUCGCUGGGGGUCUCCUAACUCUGCGGAGUGCAGGAUCGGAGAGCGUCCUCUGCUAUGGAGACUCGGACGAGGAUCCGGGGUCCUGCUCCUCGUACCUCGGGGAGGGAGUGAGUGAAGAGGACUGCUGUCUGAACAUUAAAUACAGCUUCAGGCGUGAUGCCCAGGGCCCCUGCCAGGCCUGCCGGCCAGCUCAGUGGACAGAGUGGGGUGCGUGGAGUGCAUGCUCAGUUUCAUGUAAAGAAGGAAUCCGCAGCAGACGCAGGUCCUGCAUUGGGCAGGGAGACUGCAAUGGGAGCAAUUUGGAGGUGCAGGCGUGCUCUUUACAAGACUGCUGCCCAGAGGAUGGUGAGUGGUCGCCGUGGUCUCCGUGGUCAUCCUGUUCCGUCAGUUGUGAAAGCGGCACGAUGGAGAGGAGCAGGGAGUGCAACAACCCACCCCCGCUGUGCGGAGGAACCUGCGGAGGACAGAAGAAAGAGACGGCUGUGUGCAACACUCGCCAAAUCUGCCCCACUCACGGCUCCUGGGGAAAUUGGGGGCCGUGGGGGUCUUGUUCCUCCCCCUGUAUCAGAGAGGGCUCUGGAGACGUCGCUACCCAGGAGCGCCAGCGAGAAUGUAACAGCCCCCCGCCAUCCACCAUCCCCCGCGGGAGACCCUGCACCGGGGACCAGGGGCAGUCGCAAGAAUGUAAAGGUCUACCCUCCUGUCCAGUGGAUGGUGGCUGGAGUGAGUGGAGGGUGGUCUCCGAGUGCUCCGUCACCUGCGGAGUCGGGCAGAAUAAAGAAGAAAGAGUUUGUGACAACCCUCCACCCCGACAUGGCGGCAAAGACUGCGCGGGGUCUCCAACAAGACACACUCUGUGCAACACAAAGAUCGUGUGUCCAAUUGACGGUCAGUGGUCGGAGUGGCAGGAAUGGACGGAGUGCAGCCGGCUGACGGAAAAAAUCAGCUGCACCAAGCGGGCCGGGGUGCAGAACCGGCGGCGCGAGUGCCAGGGCGUCGUAUCCAGCGGCAAAUGGUGUGAAGGACCCUACCGGGAGAGCCGGCACUGCUACAACGUCAAGGGCUGCAUCCUGAAGAGCCAGUGGUCAGAGUGGAGCGAGUGGGGUUUGUGUUCUUCUCCCUGCGGACGUUCUGAAAGGACGAGGGCGAGGGUGUGUGAGCCGAUAUACCCCGAAUACCCGGAUUUUGUUGACACGGCGACCAAAUCAGUGGAAGUUUUCUUCUCCGGAUCUCCAAGAAUUAAGUGUCCAGCUAUCGAUGGGCAGACCCUGAAGGUGGAGGAGAAAAAAGAGUGUCAGAAUGUGCCUGAGUGCUGAUAUGGCAACAAGGAGUUUUUUGGACCCGACGUGGAGCUGCGGGGCGGACGCUGAACACCCGGAGAUGCGGAAUGCGGAGGAUGGGGAUCGGGGGUCAUACUCUGUACCGCUCGACUGUACCGGAUCCCACCAAAGAAAGCCGUCCUGAUCCCAAUCAAUAAAA